CCCUAAUUAGGCAACUCUUCAAGUUCACUUCACCCUUUUGGAACCGCUGUCCCUUGUCGUCCUACCCAAGCCCAGUCGUACAUGUCCGGUAUUCGGCAACUGUCAAUGAACUUAGGACACUACCGUGAUGAAACGGGCACCAUCUCUUAGUGUGGUGUGAAAUUGGCAAUCUUCUCUGUCAAGGCAACUCCACUGCUGCAGCUUCUAGUAAUUUUUUUAUCCCUUGACGUCACAAGGAGAUGCGAAAGUAUAUAAGAUGGGGUCAACAGUCGACUAAAAGUCAAGUCAUUAGCCCCUUCACUUCAGCCUUUCAUACCUUGUCUCGGUAUACCUCGAUACCCACCCUCCUCAUAGACUCAUAACCAUCACCUUCUUGAACGAAAUCAUAAUGUCAUCUCACACAUUCUACGUCGACGCUGUCUUGUUCGACAUGGACGGUACCCUCACAGACUCUAUUGCAGCUGUCGAGGCAGCUUGGGGUAAAGUCGCCAAAGACAUUGGUCAAGACCCCGCUUACGUUAUUGCCGCAACCCACGGCAAGCGCGCCGUCGACAAUCUCGCCCAAUUUAAGCCGCAUAUCAAGGCACAUGAGAUGGACGAUGAGGUUCAAAAUUUCGAGAACACCAUUCUCUUCUUCGCCGAUGCUUACAACAUGCACGGACCCGGCUCCCAGCCCAGCUCUCCUACGAGCUCGCCGUUCUUGAAUUCCCCUCUUAGCUCCGGUUACGCGACCCCUGAUCUUUCCAUUUCCCCAAGUAGUUCAGCCCCUUCUUCUCGUGCAUCAUCAUUCGUUUCACCCCGCCGGCCAUCAUUUGCCAGCAAGCUGAAUAACAUGCUGACUAUGUCGGUUGUACCCGAAGCUUCCGUCUACGGUCAGGGUCCCCAAUUCGAGGACUCCAUCAUGGAGGAAGAUCAACAUGACAUCGUCAUGUUCGAGGCGAAUCAGAAGAAGCACGUCCUCGAGGCUUGGCAACAGGAAGCAGCAAGUGUUGAUCGCUCAGUCCGGAUUUUGCCCGGUGUGAAGAGAAUGAUAAGUUCCAUUCCCGAAGGCCGUUACGCCGUCGCCACCUCUGGUGCAAAAACAUAUGCAUAUGGUUGCAUGACUCGCGUUGGCAUUACCCCGCCCAAGAUAACCAUUACUGCAGAUGACAAGCGUCUCAAGGCUGGCAAGCCUGCCCCAGACCCAUUCCUUCUCGCUGCCAGCGAACUCGGUUUUUCUGCGAAAAACUGUGUCGUGUUCGAGGACUCCCCAAGUGGGAUCCGCGCAGGUGUGGCUAGCGGUGCCACUGUAAUCGCCGUGUGUACCAGCCAUGAGAGGAGGCAGAUCGAGAACGCUGGUGCCCACUUUUUGGUGGAAAACAUGGAGAAAGUGAAGUGCGAGCCGUGUGCGGACGGCAGACUGAAGUUCACCGUGCAGCUAUGAUUAUUCUCGACUGUAUCCCUAUCUUGACUUUCCUUCAGUGGAAAGGCCGCGCUACCAUCUUCCCUUUUUAUUUCCAUCUGUACGACAUGAUUCUUAUUCAGAUCUGCACUCCACUUCGGGAUGCUUGUACACGUACAGAGUACUUGAAUACUCUUGUAAUUUCGAAUAGAAUUCUCAAUCUAGCGGCGCCGCACGCACUCCAGUUCGACGAC